AUGGGAGCACAGAUUUCUAAUAGUUUAAACCCAGUCCCAUAUUGUUUUAGAGUUCAUGGGCAAAUUUAUUACCGAACAUCUCAUUUAUAUCCUUCCACUGGGAUGCCUCCUAAAUUUGCACAACUAUAUGUCCUUGAGACCACCCAGGCUGUUAAUGGCAGGUUACACAUGAAAGAAAAUUCUGGUUGCAAUGAGGAUCUCUUAAAAAGAUUAGAUAUUUUAAUAAGACAGAAUAACCCAUUUUCUAUUAGUUUUAAAACCUUGGGAGAAAUUGAGAAAGAAGAAAAAAAUAGGGCUAUUCAAGAAAAUCGACCAGUUCAAAAAAUCAAUAUGAUUUUUCGUGCAGAUCGCUCAAGUGACAAGCGAAGAUAUAACAUUCCUAAUAUAGAUGAAGUAGCUAUGAUUUUUACAAAUGAUGAUGGUGAACCCCCAUUUAAACGGGAUAUCAAGGUCUAUCCUCAAGUUGAUGGUAGUGAUCUGAUAAAUAUAAAUAUAUUAAGCCCUAAUCUUGAUCCAAUGGUAUAUCCUCUAUUAUUUCCUUUUGGUGACCCUGGUUGGAAACCAGAUUUAAAGGGUGAAGAUACAGGGCGUACAAGGGCAAAUAUCGCACUACUACAGUUUAAAAUAUUUAGAUUAGCAAUUCGUGAAAAUGAAUUCAACCCAAUCCUUUUUGCUGGGAAAUUAUCACAACAAUAUAUUGUUGAUUCCUAUUUACAGGUCGAGGCGAAUAAUUUAAAUUUUAUUAGACAAAAUCAGCCAAAAUUACGAGUAGAUGAAUAUUCUGGAUUAAUGGACUACUUGGAAACAAAGUCAAACAAUAUAAUUCCCGGCAAAGCAGUAAUAUUACCAUCAUCUUUUCAAGGUUCUCAAAGAAAUAUACGAGAACGCUAUCACGAUGCAAUGGCCAUUGUGCUCAAAUUUUGGCAAACCUGA